AUGCGGAGCUUGGUGGCGUUCGUGCUGCUGCUGAGCUUCUUGGCGGCGGGAGCCGUCGCCGGGGACCCCAACCCCGCCACGAAUCAGCCCGGAGGAGGACCCCGUGACUCCUCGAGUCAGAAUGAUCCACCUGUGGCACUUACUGACGAGGAAUCCUCUCCUGGCGAGGUAAAGAAGCAUCUGAAUGGCGAUCCGAGCUCGUCAGAACAGCAGGCGCCUCCACCUGGGGGUUCUGUAACGACUGGCAAGACGACUCCUGCUGUCACUUCUAGCAGGAAGCCUUCAUCUGAGGGUUCUCCUGGCACGCCUGCCAAGACCUCUUCACCCGGGGGCUCUUCUGACACGUCUGUCAGGGAUCCUCCGUCUGAGGGUUCUUCUAACAAGUCUGACAAGAACUCUACAUCAGGGGCUUCUCCUGACAAGCUUGGCAAGAGCCCUGCAUCAGGGGGUUCUCCUGAGAAGCUAGGCAAGAACCCUUCAUCAGGGGGUUCUCCUGACAAGAAUCUUCCAUCAGCGGGUUCUUCUGACAAGCUUGACAAGAGCCCUGCAUCAGAGGGUUCUACUGACAAGCUAGGCAAGAACCCUUCAUCAGGGGGUUCUCCUGACAAGAACCCUGCAUCAGGGGGUUCUUCUGACAAGCUUGACAAGAUCCCUGCAUCAGGGGGUUCUACUGACAAGCUAGGCAAGAACCCUUCAUCAGGGGGUUCUCCUGACAAGAACCCUGCAUCAGCGGGUUCUUCUGACAAGCUUGACAAGAGCCCUGCAUCAGGGGGUUCUCCUGACAAGAACCCUACAUCAGCGGGUUCUUCUGACAAGCUUGACAAGAGCCCUGCAUCAGGGGGUUCUCCUGACAAGCUAGGCAAGAACCCUUCAUCAGGGGGUUCUCCUGACAAGAACCCUGCAUCAGCGGGUUCUUCUGACAAGCUUGACAAGAGCCCUGCAUCAGGGGGUUCUCCUGACAAGAACCCACUUGUGAGUCCUGACAAACUCCCAGCAGAUAAGCAGCAGCAGAAAGGAGAAGGGAGAUCUUCAGAGCUUGCUGAAGAAGCAGAAUUCAGGGAUGCAGAGGACAGUGAGCUGGAGCCCCAAGAGAGAGAGCCCCCUGCCUCCAGUGAGAACCGCCUUAAAGUGGGGGCUUUGGAUUCGGUGGGCCAGGGGAAGGAUUACCAUUAUAGAGACAAUCUUGGAGCUGCCAGUGCUGAGAGCAGCCACUUCUUUGCUUAUCUCGUGACCGCAGCCAUUCUUGUUGCUGUCUUCUACAUCGCUUAUCACAAUAAGAGGAAGAUCAUUGCUUUUGUCCUGGAAGGAAAACGAUCGAAAGUCACUCGGCGACCCAAGGCUGGUGACUAUCAGCGUUUGGACCAGAAGAUUUAAUUUUUGUGUCCUCAAGAACCUCAUCCUUCCUGCUGAUUUGUUUCUAAAUCAAGAGAAAUGAAGAGAAAAAGAAAAAAAAACUGCCCUGAGACACCUCCCCACCACCCCACUCCCCACUCAUGUGUCUGAUGACAGAGUCAGGGUAACUGGUUUUGCACCUGCACUUUGGUGACCUUGUACUUCUGUAGUCUAUUUAUGUGGUUUCUUCCAACCCUUCCACCUUGAAGUGUAAGUAGAGGGAGUGUGUGGAACCCAACCUGACCAAAGGGAGCUCCAACUGUCUUCUGCCUUCCCGGAAGUUGGGUCCCAUAGUCAGUCUGUCCCUCGAAAAUAGCAUUGCACUCGCCACACUCUAUCUUUAUAUGCCAAUACGAAACUCUGUAACUUGAGGUGCUUUUUAUACCUCUUACUUUGAGGAGACGUGCCCUACUAAUGAUGUAUAAAAUACUAUAUGUUGAUGGGCA